UCAUUUUCAGCCACGCCCACUAACUAACUACACAUGGCUGCUUGUCUUAGCUUAUAGCUCAGUAAAAAUGCCCAGACGACACAAGCACAGAUCAAGAUCACCCAGUCCUGUCAGGAGAUCAUCAAAAAAGAAACACAAAAGUCGAAGUCGGUCUCGUUCCCAGUCACCACGGCGACAUGAUCGGAGACGUCAUGAUGAGAGCUCCGUGUCACGCAGUCCAAGUCAUGAGAGAGGUGGUCCCAGUAUGGAUGUCGACAAAGAUGAGAGGAAGAGACAGAAGGCCAUCAUGAAGGCACUGGAGACACCCAAGGAGAAACGAGAACGGAGGUUGGCAAAGAAGGAAGAGAAGUUAAGACGUCAGCGACAGAAAGAGGGAUGGGACAGUGAGUACUUAGGAUACACAAAUGCAGACAAUCCAUUUGGAGACAACCAGUUAUUAGAUAGAUUUGUAUGGGACAAGAAGAGGCGGCAGGACGUGAGUGAUUUCAAGUUGAGCAAGACGGAGGUGGAGCGGAGGGAAAAACAACGACAAGAUGAAACCAGACGAGAGCUGGAGAAGGUCAAGAAAAGGAAAGCUGAGAGAGAGAAGGAGAGGGAAGCCAGAGAAGAUGAGUCACAACUGCUCCAGCGAAUGAAAGAGGCGGAGAUGUUCAAAGAGUGGGAGGCACAAGAGGAUCAGUUUCACUUGGACCAAGCCAGACUUCGCUCAAAGAUUCGCAUUGAAACUGGCAAAGCCAAACCUAUUGACCUCCUGGCCAAGUACAUUAGCUCUACCACAGAGGAGGGAGAGGACAUUGAAGUGCAGGAGCCCUACUACCUCCUCAAGGGACUUAACAUUGUCGACCUAGAGGACCUACUGGAGGAUAUAAAGGUGUACUCAGAAAUAGAAGUUGGAGCAACCAAUAUCGACUAUUGGAAAGACAUGACCAUUGUAUGUGAAGAUGAGAUCACACAACUUAAGAAGGUGGAGGACUCUAUGGGUGUGGCAGUGGGUGUGGAUAGGGGCGGAGCUGGACGGAGGGCUGUCAUUAACCCUUCUGUCAUGACGGAGGUCAACUCUGUAUUCAAGGGAAAGAGUCAUGACCAGCUGGUGUUGUUGGAGGAUCAGAUCAACAGGAAGAUCCACGGCAGUGACCCUGGGACAGACGUGGGAUAUUGGGAGGCACUUCUCGCUCAGCUGAAGGCUCACAUGGCCAGGGCUAGACUGAAGGACAGACAUCAAGUUUUGUUGAGGAGUAGACUACAACAUCUGAAGCAACAACAAGAUGAGGGAGGGGAGGAGGCUGCUCCGUUAUUCCCUAGUGCCGUCCCCGAGGCCACACCCACUGAAGAUCCUGAACAAGACGAGACUGAGCCAGGAGAGAGCUCUCAACAGACCAGUACCGCCAUCGCUGCUGAGGAUGGAGACAACUUGAUAGAUGAACAAGAGCUGUUGGAACUGUCCUACGCUGCCUAUGAGGCUGGCAACUAUAGCCCCACCCUCCUCAAGCCGUCAGACCUGGAGGAUACUGCAGAGGUGGUGACGGCUGAGGACGACUACAGCCUACGCCAUGGUGAUCAACGUCAAGUGAUGGACGGGGGGACAUCUGUGAACGAGUACAAGGAACUCAAGAUGACACGCACAGUUGAUUCACACGGCCAGGCAGAGGAGGAGUACGACUUCAACACUGAGGUGGUCCUGCAACUGAGGGAUCCUAUCUGGAAGGAGAAGUACCGCCCACGCAAGCCGAGGUUCUUCAACAGAGUGCAUACGGGCUUUGAGUGGAACAAGUACAACCAAACUCAUUAUGACACGGACAAUCCCCCUCCAAAGAUUGUACAGGGAUAUAAGUUCAAUAUAUUCUAUCCUGAUCUCAUAGACAAGAGAAAGACUCCGCAAUAUACUCUGAUACCCAUUCCUGGCGAUCCGGACUUUGCCACACUUCGUUUUCAAGCUGGUCCCCCCUACGAGGAUAUUGCCUUCAAGAUAGUGCAUCGAGAAUGGGAGUGCUCCUGGAAGCACGGGUUCCGGAGUCAGUUCAACAACAACAUCCUGCAACUCUGGUUCCGGUUCAAGAGGAACAGAUAUAGAAGAUAGAACACAUGGAACAAAUUAUAUACUCAUGCAAAUUUAAUGUUGUGUAGCUGUGAUAUGGUUAUAAUUAUAAUUAUAAUAAUAAAAUAAAAUAUAAUUAA